CUCUAUUUCUAUUUAUCCAGAGCUCGCCUCUCGAAGCAAAAGAAGAGCUCGCAUCACUCCCAUGGAGUCCCUCCCCCUCGCCCUCUCCUCCUCCGUCCCCACCUCUUCCCCUUGACCCCUUUCUCUCUCCAAUCUUAUUCUCUGGUGACUACUGGUCCUCCUCUCCCUAAUAAAAUUCAAAGGACCGAGUGGAAGCGAGCUGGACCUCUAGACAGAGCCAUCAUCAUCACCACUUCAUUCCCUAUUCCCCUCUUUGGGGCCGACGAUCUCCCGCCAAAUCACGUCCGUGCCAUCCUAGCCGUCCGCCCUGCAUCGCACGGUCGCUGAGAGAACCAAUGGCGCAUCCGUGGUAGAGGGAGCUCGGCCCGGGAGGUUAGAGAGAGAGAGAGGAGUGGGAGAGAGAUCGCGAGUAGGAGGAGGUGUGAAUGGGGGAGAGCGGCGUCGGGGGGCCGGCGAUGGCUCCGCUGAACGUGGAGCGUGGGGAGGAGAGGUGGAGACACUUCGACAACUCGGUGAAUGCCGUCUCCUUCGGUUUCGUCGCCACCGCCAUCCUCAUCUCCAUGUUCCUCGUCAUGGCCAUCUUCGAACGCUUCCUCCGCAACAGGUCCCCCCUCCUCUCCUCCGACGAUGGCCGGAGGCGGAGGGCCUCUUCCUCCGCGGAUCUCGAGGCGCAGCGCCGCCGGGGCAUCGCCGGCAAGCUCGAUUACCCUUCGCCCAAGAUGUCAAUCUAUGCAAAAGGGGUUUCAGUCCUGAUGCCUGGGUAUGAUAUACCCACCUUCAUCGCGCACCCUGCCCCUGCGCCUUGCCCUCCUGAACGAAUCUCUUGGCCUUCUCAUCAACAUGCUGCAUCAAAUUUAAGUUAGGAAUCUCAGAGACUGUUGUCCACUUCAUCUUUUGUCAUCCAAAUUCGUCUCAUCCCACAGUGUCCAUUUGCAUUUGGACACCAUGUUUGGUUCCACCUGAGGCAGUUCGGGCAGCGCGGUUGCAACCCAUGUUUUUUUUUAUGUGAGCUGCUGCAAGACAGUGCUAGAAUAUGUAUAGUUCACCUUUUCAUGUGAUCUUUGCUGCCCCUGUUCCUUCAGGGAAUGGAGUGGUGGCUUUCUCAAGGACUCCUAUCAUUCUGUCCAAUUAUAAUUGCAACUUGGAUGUUUUCAAGCAGUGGGAUUGUAGGUCCUUAAGUUUCAAUCUGUCGGAGACUUCUGUGAGAAAUCUUCAGGAGAAAUAUUUGGAGUUCUAGACUUGAAUCUGGCUGUUCAUCUCUCAUUUGCAUGGCUCGACCAAAAAGCAAGGUUUUGCAAAUCCCAGGGGUCAAAACUCGUGCCAGAGCUGCAUGCAGGUUUGGUAUUGCCUUCAAUCUAUUUGAAAGGUGAGUUAUUUCCCCGGCACACUAGGAAAUGUGGUAGUGAUGAAUUUAUGGGAGAUCUUGAAGCUUUGAGUGGGAAAAGAAUAUUUACUUGACAUUUGGUGCUUGAGUCAUCUGGUGUUACAGUCUUUAAAAAAAAAUGCUGUACAAAUCCAACGUCUACAAGAUUAAGAGAUAUGGAAGUGAAUUUUUUUUU